AUGCCAAUUGAUGAUAUGACUGGUCACCUCAUCGGAAGGCGAAAAUGUGUAAAAGACGGAGCAAACAAUCUAAAAUGGUGUCAGAAUUGUUAUGGUCUUGCUGCAAUUCUUGGUUUCUUGAGGAAAAUAAACGAAUGGUGCUAUGUUAAUAGUUGGUCGGGGAAGAAGCAAAACCCUCGAUAUGGGGUGGCCGUUCAUCGGCAACAUGUGGUCUUUCCUCCGAGCUUUCAAGUCCCAAGACCCCGAUUCUUUCAUCCACAACUUGAUUUACAAGUGUGGACCGACCAGCAUUUACAAAACACAUCUGUUCGGGAGUCCGAGCGUCAUAGUUUGCAGCACGGAGCUUUGCCGGAAGUGUUGACGGAAGACAAACACUUCUCGUUAGGCUACCAUUCGGCGGCGAUACGAUUAGGUGGGAAGAAAUCGUUGUAUGGGGUUCCGAAUUCGGAGCACUUGCGUCUGCGUAGGCUGAUAUCGGAUCCCAUCAAUGGCCACCGUGCACUAGCUUUGUACGUAGGCCAUAUUGAAGACAUUGUGAUCCCUUCAUUGGAAGAGCUUGCUCCCAUGAACCGACCGAUCAAGUUCUUCACCCAGAUGAAGAGGAUCGGUCUCAAGGUCACUGCACAAGUUUUCCUCGGUUCCAUUAAGGAUUCGAAUCUUUCGUCGAUGGUGAGAUAUUACACGGAGUUGUUCCCCGGUGUUGACAUUCCAUCGAGCACUCAAGGUAAAGUUCGUUGA